AUGAGACUGUUCAAGAGAACAUCGAACAACAAGAAGGUUAUGAGCACCUCUGCUGAGUAUGACAAGGGCUGUACCACCGAGGAGAUCACAGACUUCGUGAUCCUCAACAACGACAAUAACAACAACAACAAAAGCAGCAGCAGCCGCCAACUUCAACAGAGUGAUAUCAAGGCUCUCAUGGCUUCGCAUGAAGCUUUGGAUACUUACGAGGAGGAGCUUACUGCUAUGGAGAAGGCCUUCAGCUACCAGAUGAAGAUCGUUGGAGAGUUUCAUCUGGACCGCGAGAUUGAUCUGAACAACAAUAUCGCAACCUUGGAGGGCGGCAAGAGAACUGGAAAGGCUUAA